GGCGUGCACCAGUCUCCAGUACCGUACGUAUCUACAGUUACCAUGAUCUUGGACAGCCGGGCGGGCUGUGGGAUUACGGGUUUGCUGUGUUGCCGCCCAAUCCGGCCACACCGCUUUUUGAGCCAAGAGUCCGAGAGCUCGUUCAGCAAGCCGGGGGGGGGCCUCUGGUUGCUAACUAGACUGGUCUCUGUGUCGCUUUGCUUGCCUCAACCAUGUGCCAUCGGCCCAUCGAACAUAUGGCGGACAAACCCGUAUGGGCUUGUGGAAUCUGCAGUGCCGCCGACUCUGGAGAACGACCCCAAGUCGCUCCAGACCAUGUGCUCGGCGGAUGGCUCAAACUGCAUCCAGUUCUCCAACAGCACUUCGAGCUGCAGCUUCAACAAGGGAUGCCAGAAAGGCCAGGGAUCCUGCUACAUCUGUGAUGCCGUUUGCCAGAGCACCCUUGCGAACAACAAAUGGUGUCAGGCUCUUUCGUCUAUUGCGCCGCUCCCGACCACGAGCUCGGUUCAGACAAGCAACUCUCUGCUGACUCUGGUCCUGCCAAUCUGCCUCGGAGCCGUCGUCCUCAUUGGCGCCAUCUUUGGCUGGAUCUACACCAAGCAAACCCGCAAGAGAAACCUGAGCUACAAUAUGACCAACCGCCGCAAGUCUAUCUUGGCCAUCCUCCCCUCGUCCCGGGCAGCUACGGUCUCUGCUGGUGGCCAGCCGCCGGCGCAACAGCAGUACCGCAAGCGACAGAGCUUCUUUGGCGCUGCUGCUCGACUCUCGGGCUUCCCGCUGCCUCCCAGCGACGCUGUUGUCAAGCCCGACAACGAUAUCCAGCGCACCGAUAGCCAGCGCAUGCGAGGUCCUCGUGAUGCCGCCUUCCGAUCCUAUGCCAGCAUUGUCAGUGACAUCAACGAAACCCCCGAGCCGCCUGCGUCUCGUCGGGGCAAGGCAAAGCCGCUGCCCAACCGCCCGAUCUCGCAGCUCUUUGGCGACAAGGGCCGCCGUCUCUCGUUCCUCGCCAGCGCCAAGACCAAGCCCACGGACAUUGAGAUGGCUGAGGAGCCUGUGCCCAAGCUGCCCUCCCUGGCGCGCAAGCACAACGAACAGCUCUCCAAGAUCACCGAGGAGACAGAGCAGCCCGAGCCCGUGGACAUCUUCUCGGACAAGCACUCAAUCGAACCCGAGGGAAGCCCCUUUGCGGACACCCACUCGGUCAGCGUUGGAAAGGACAAUGUCUUUUCGGACUCGCAUGCCGUCAGCGGACAGAAGCUUGCCAAGAAGCCGUCAGUUGCAUCGUACACCUCCCCCUCGCUACCACCCCUGUCGAUUAGCACCACCAUUACUCUGCCUAGAACCGGCGGCAACUCGAACAGCGACAGCUUUGGCGAUUUUCUCAGUACUGUGGGUGAGGAGGCUCCUCCGCCUAUGCCCGCUAUGCCCACGGUACGGCCUGCGCUGAAGCAGACCUCGCAGUCGCAGUUGAAAACCACUACCCAGACGACCAAGGCCACCCACCAACCGGUGCAGCCGCUCCUGACGACCGCCAACAUGAAGGUCACGGUGCCGACGGCCAAGUCUACCCAUGACGACACUGGGUCCGUUGUCUCCAGCGUCUCGCGCCGGUCGAUCGUCUCCAGCUCAAAUAUUGUGGUUGCCUCGGGAAACAACAGCUCGCUCUCGCGCAAGACCUCUGUUCCUUCGACCAAGAUCAUGGUCGUCUCUGCUGAGAAGCCCGAACGGGACUCUUGAACGGGCAUCGUGGCAUGAGAUGUGCGACCUUUGUCUACCUCCCCUCUACUUGCUUCACUCCCCCCCCCUCGCUCUGCUUGCCCAUGUUCCUGGGCCCACAACUGGCCUGUUUUUGUUAUUAUUCUGUUUGUUCGUUUUGUUUAGGGCUUCGAAAUUGUUUUGAACUGAGCCGUUGGCAGUCACACCGAGGAGUCAUGGUCCGAGACACUGCCCCAGACUCCCUCCCCCUCCCUUCCACAGCCGUGGCGGCGGUUGUCUCUCUGGUGCCAAGAGCCUGCUCCCAACACGGAUUGUCUGACGACCAUAACAAUGAAACGGGGACACCUUGCGCUUGUUGUUUUUAUUUUUGAAUUGAAAUACACAUACAUCGAUCAUCCACA